GGUGUUUGCUGUUAAGUUGCUAUUUCAGGUAGGUUCAGCCAUGGUACCAUGGGUUCAGCAAAAGCACUGACAACAUGACAAGUGUCAAGAGUCAAGACUCAAGAAGCACCGUUGUGAAGAUGGACGCGGGACGGAAGCAGGUGUUUCAGCAAGAAGGAUGUCAGGGGCAAGUAAAUUCAGCUGAAUCAAAACAUGGAAAACGACAUGAUUUUAUCCUUCUGUUAUUUUUGGGUUUUGCUGGCCUAUAUGCCAUGCGGGUCAAUCUGUCGGUAGCAAUUGUUGCCAUGGUGAAAGCUCACCCAGAAAGCCAAAGUCUUCGUGAUACAGAUGAUGUAUGCCCUAAUCCAGAAGUAAAAUCUGAAAACAAACAGAACCCUUCGAAAGUUGAAUCAAGGGAAGAAUUUGACUGGGAUGAACAGACUCAAGGUAUGGUUCUUGGAGGUUUCUUCUAUGGUUAUCUUCUCACCAACUUCAUCGGAGGACGUCUGGCUGAUAGGUUUGGAGGGCGACUCAUAUAUGGUGCUGGAGUGACUCUAACAGCAUUCCUUACAAUUAUUUCACCUUCAGCAGCAAGAUACUCCACUAAUGCAUUUAUAUUAGUCAGAGUAUUAGAAGGAAUGACUGAGGGAGUGACCUUUCCUGCCACAAACGUGAUGCUUUCUCAUUGGAUUCCGCCUCAGGAAAGGGCACGGUCUUUAUCACGUAGUUGUGGAGGCACUCUAAUUGGCACUGUAAUAACAUUGUCAGUAAGUGGAUGGCUGACGGAAACAGAAUGGGGAUGGCCUUCUGUUUUUUAUCUCUCUGGAUCUAUCUGUCUUGUUUGGAGCUGGUUCUGGUUUAAGUAUGCUUUUGACACCCCAGAUGACCAUCCCACCAUCUCAGCUGCUGAAAAACUUUAUAUAAAGCAAUCCAUUGGACACCAUAGAGGAAAGAUGGGGCAGAAUGUACCUUGGAGAUCAAUCCUAACCUCAGUGCCCUUCAUGACUUUGGUAGUGGCACAUGUAUGCCAUAAUUGGGGCUUUUACUGCUUGCUCACAGAACUUCCCACAUACCUCAGAAAUAUUCAGCACUUCGACAUGAAACAGAGUGGUUUAAUCUCAGCACUCCCUUACAUGGUGAUGUGGGUGUUUAAUUUGGUAUAUUCAUCAUAUAUGGAUCAUCUUUUACAAACAGAAAAGCUCUCCACCAAGAACAUCCGGAAACUCUCCAUGAUCAUAGCAAACCACAUUCCAGCAGCAGUGCUGCUCCUUGUUCCAUUGGUGGGAUGUGAUAGCCAGCAAGCUGUGAUUCUCAUCUGCAUUGCUAUGGGUUCAGGUGGAGCUUCAACGUGUGGAGUGCACUGUGGUUUACAGGAGUUGGCUCCAAACUUUGCAGGGACCUUGACAGGCAUAUCAAACACAAUGGCAACAAUACCAGGAUUUCUUGCUCCAGCUGUUACUGGUCUCAUCAUAAAUAACCAACAAACACUAAGCAGUUGGAAAGAGGUGUUCCAUGUGGUGUCACUCAUUUACAUUUUUGGAGGCACCAUCUAUCUCCUCUUUAUGUCUUCUGACACUCAGCCGUGGAAUGAUGCUAACACUGAAAAAAGAAAAGGAUCGUUCAAAGAGACUGCACUACUUAAAAAUGUAUGAGGUAAGAUUUCCAUCAGACAUUGCAAAUUGUGAAGUACAAAUUGAGUGAUGAAACUGUUCUUAGUUUUCUCUAC